AUGGGGGCUGCCUACAGUUCUUGGGGCUUCCUCCGAGGGGAGACAGAGCUGUGGGGGGAUCAGGCCUUGGGGCAGCCCCACGUCUUCUCCCAGCCCUCCCCGUGGGGGUGGGUGGACGUGUCCCAGCUCCAGGCUGCGUCCCCACUGCACCCCGUGUCUGUGUGGUGCCAGGAGGCGCAGGUGGUGGUCACGGUGCACAGGGACCUCUUUGGCACCGGGCGCCUGGUCCGGGCUGCAGACCUGACCCUGGGAACGGCUGCCUGCCCGGCCACAGCCCAGAAUGCUGCUGAGAACGUGGUGACCUUCGUGGCUGGGCUGCAUGAGUGCGGCAGCACCCUCAGGGUCACCCCCGAGGCUCUCAUCUACAGCACAAGCUUGAAUUACAGCCCGGUCCAUGCUGGCAACCCUGUCAUCAUCCGCACCAGCCCUGCUGUGGUCCCAAUUGAGUGCCACUACCCGAGGAGGAGCAAUGUGAGCAGCCACGCCAUCCAGCCCACGUGGGCACCCUUCCACUCCACCCUCUCCUCUGAGCAGAAGCUUCUCUUCUCCUUGCGCCUUAUGAAUGAUGACUGGAGCACCGAGAGGGCCUCUGCUGUGUUCCAACUGGGGGAGGUCCUCCGCAUGCAGGCGAGUGUCAGCGUGGGGAACCACGCACCUCUGAGGCUCUUCGUGGACAGCUGCGUGGCCACCCCCAGCCCAGACAGGGGCUCCUCUCCCCACUAUGCCUUCAUUGACUUCAGUGGGUGCAUGGUGGAUGGGCGGCUGGAUGACGCCACCUCGACUUUUAUAUCCCCAAGGCCCCGGCUAGAUGUGCUUCAGUUUGCAGUAGAUGUGUUCAAGUUCGCAGAAGACUCCAGCAGCCUGGUAAAUCCUUCCUAAAGCAAUGGGCUCCCUUGUUGAGGUGGGGUCCAACCUUGUGCCACAGAGUGGGUCGAUGCAGCUUUGUUGGAGCUGCCUGGACAAGUAAUCUCAUAAAGUCAUUUGAGUUGGAAGGGACCCUAAAGGCCAUCAGUGCAACCCCUGCGAUGCACAGGGGCACCCACAGCACAUCAGGUGCUCAGAGCCCCCAGCCUGACCUUGGUGUCUGCAGGGAUGGGGCACCACUGCCUCUCUGGGCUUCCUGUGCCAAUGCCUCACUGCCCUUAGUGUAAAAAAAAAAAAAAAAAAGCUUCCUUACAUCCAAUCUAAACCUCCCCUCUUCCAGUUUGAAUCCAUUUCCCCCUUGUCCUACCCCUCAACAGACUCUGCUUAAGAGUCUGUCCCCUUCUUCGCUCAUAACAUGUGGAUGGGGUGUUAAUGCUUCUGACUGUAGCCCUGUGAGCCCAGGCUCCUCCUUGGGGGAUGCUUCUGGUCAAGACAAGCCCCAUUAGGUUAGACUUGAAUGUCUGCACUCGAUGUUCUGAAAGAAGCAGUGGUGUUUGGGGUGCCCUAGGGAGGUAGUGGUCCCUCACAGGGCACGGGGAAGCUAUGUGUGUGCCUUUAAGGUGAACGACCACCUCACCCUGCUGCUUGGUGUCUCAGCUUUACAUCACCUGCCACCUGAAGGUCUCUCCAGCCAGCCAACCUCCGGACCCUCAGAACAAGGCUUGCUCCUUCCACAAACCCAGCGGGCUCUGGGCGCCUGUAGAGGGCACACGGGCUGUGUGCUCGUGCUGUGAGACACAGAGCUGUGGCACAGCACGGCGCUCCCUGCAGCCCUUCACCCCAUCCCGUCAGCACAGAGGGCGAUCCCGCAGAGAGCGGCCAUCGGGUCCCACGUUGGGAGAAGCAGAUGUGAUGCUCGGCCCUCUGCUCAUCCACAGCCACCGGCAGCACCCAGCAGGCAGGGUGCCCUCAGCAGGUGCUGGAAGCCAUGUGGGGCUGGCUGCUGGCUUGGCCGUCCUGCUCCUUGCUGCUCUGGGAGCCCUGGCUGCCUGCCGGGCACAGCAAUCCUGUCUGAAUCGUGUUCUCAACUUUUAGCUUCUAAUAUCCAAUAAAAAGUAAACGUGACCCACAA